CGUACUUCCGGUUAAAUGUCAACCUUGCAUACUGCGUGACAGUUGACAACGCAGAGCCGGACCAAAAAAAAGAAAAGACGGACGCUGGGUUCAUAAAGUAGUCAGAACAAGGCAAACAAUGUCUUUCAUAUUUGACUGGAUCUACAGGGGCUUCAGCAGCGUCUUGUCACUUUUAGGAUUGUACAAGAAGAGCGGCAAGCUGGUGUUCCUCGGACUCGACAAUGCGGGGAAAACGACGCUACUGCACAUGCUCAGAGAUGACAGGCUGGGACAGCACGUACCCACGCUACAUCCAACGUCUGAGGAGCUUACCAUCGCUGGAAUGACCUUUACGACAUUUGACCUUGGAGGACAUACACAAGCACGAAGGAUCUGGAAAAACUACCUCCCGGCCAUAAACGGUAUCGUCUACCUGGUGGAUUGCGCCGAUCACGAGCGGCUGGCCGAGGCGAAAGUAGAGCUGGACGCUCUUUUAACCGAUGACACCAUCUCAAACGUCCCGGUUCUCAUCCUGGGGAAUAAAAUUGAUCGACCGGAGGCCAUCAGCGAGGACGCGCUGCGAGGGAUGUUUGGUCUGCACGGACACACGACAGGAAAGGGAAACGUGUCACUGAAGGAGCUAAAUUUGAGGCCAAUGGAGGUUUUUAUGUGCAGCGUUCUGAAGAGACAAGGAUACGGAGAAGGCUUUCGUUGGCUGUCUCAGUACAUCGACUAAUUCAAAGCUAUGACGGAGUAUUAGGGCCACAUUAAAAAAAACAGAUCUCGAGAAUAAAGUCAUAAAUUUAUGAGAAAAAGUCAUAAAACAAGAAAAAGUAAAGAAUAAGGUCGUAAAUUUACGAUUAAAAAUUAAUUCUCGUAAAUGGACAACUUUUGUACGAGUUUUAUUCUCAAAAUCUCUGAUUUUUUUUUACAAGAAAAAACUUGUACAUUUACAAGAAAAAGUCUUAAUGUACAAGAAAUAAAGUUGUACCUUUCCGAAAAAAGUAGUAAAUUUACGAGAAUAAAGUCAUGCAUUUGCGAGGAAAAAAAGUUGUACAUUUACCAAAAAAGGCAUACAUUUAUGAAAAAAAAGUCCUAAAUUUAUGAGAAAAAGUUGUAAAACAAGAAAAAGUAAAGAAUAAAGUCAUAAAUUUAUGAGAAUUUUUUUCUCGUAAAUUUACGUUUUUUUUUCUUGUAAAUUUACAAGAAAAAAAGUCAUAAUAUUACCUUUGCCCGAGGCCAAAGGUCACAUAAGCCCCCACUUUUCAUAGCUGUCUCAGGCAAUGCCUGUUACAACAGAGUAUUAAAAUAAUCUGAGAUUUCGAGAAUAAAGUCGUAAAUGUACGAGAAAAAAAAGUUGUAAUACUACCUUUGCCCAAGGCCAAAGGUCACACAAGUCCCCACUUUUCACAGCUGAGUAUUAAAAUAAUCUGAGAUUUCAAGAAUAAAGUUUUCUCUCGUAAAUUUACGAGAAAAAAGUUGUAAAUUUACAAAAAAAAGUCGUACAUUUACGAGAAUAAAGUCAUAAAUUGACGACAAAAAAAGUUGUACAUUUCCGAGAAUGCAGUCUAUAACUUUAUGUUCCAGGCAUUGCCUGAGACAGCUGUGAAAAGGGGGGACUUAUGUGAGCGUUGGCCGGCGUGGAGGGGGCGUGGUAAGGAAGGCUGAAGUCAGAAGGAAUCUGUUUGUGCUCAACUGCUCUUUUUUGCUGCCACGUUAUAAAUGAAAGCUUGCAUGAAGCAAGAGGAAAGUUCCCUUCCUUCCUGAAGAGCUAUGCUCUAUUUUCCCUCUGACACGUAAUAUUACCACUCUAUUCACAUCAAUUUAUGACUUUAUUCUUGUAAUAUUACGACUUUUUUUUCUCAUAAAUUCACGACUUUGUUCUGGAAAUGUCAGAUUUUUAUUUUUUCCAACGUGGCCCUAACACGCCGUUGUAAAAGCAGACCCCACCUCUUCUGAUUUACAAAAGCAAAACAAAUCUACCUGCCCCACAAAGAUAUUCUUUCACAAUGUACACGUUGACGGAAAUGGUUUUAUAUUCAGGUGAAGUGUAAGGAAUGAUCCUCUUGCUGUGAAUUCUACCUUUGGGUGCCAUUUAGAACGUGUCAUCGCGGCAAGUCACUUUCUGACUCGCACUUAUUUUUAGCAGCUGGUGUUGACUUACACCGGAGGUCAGUUUGUUUAAAGUUUUGUGGAUGGUGCUCGUCCUCUUGGCAGGCAUGCAUUGGUAACUCAUGUUUAACUGUGCAUGAGAUAAUCAUAUUUCAAAUGGUGUUAUUUUCCAACUGAAACCGCUUUAAGUGACUUUUUGCUGUGAGAUUCUCUCCGAGAGAACGCCGUUAUGCUGUAUGAUUGCAGUCUAUGAUGACUGGGCAGACUUGUGGUGUUUUCACGAUGAAUAUUCACCGCGACAAGACUGGAGUACUUUGUGAUUAGUACCUGCCAACAACAUGCACUGUUAUUAUGAGAGUACUUCCUUGGCUUGAAAUACUGCAGGUGAUAAAAAGUAAUACAUGCAACUGUUUUAUUUUUCUAUGUAAUAUAUUGUUUUGUACAAAUGCUAUUAUUUAUUAGUUAGUUCUGAAGCAGUUAAGCGGUUACAAAAGGUGGUGUCACGUUUGAUGGGAAUAAACA